UUUUUUUUUUUUUUUUUUUUUACAUGUCAAGUCUCCUACGAUUGUGGCCAUUGACUAGUGGACUCCAUCGUCAGUUGGGGAAGAACAACCAUGGCUUUCAAUAAAGUGUCACCAACCCCAGUCCCAAUCCCAAACAAUCAAUUUCAAGAAACCCAAGAAAUGAAUAAUAAUAAUAAUUACAAUAAGGUGGAAAUUCCUCAAAUCCAGAAGAAACCCAGGGUACUAUGCCUCCAUGGAUUCAGGACAAGUGCUGAAAUCCUCAAAAAACAGGUCGGACGGUGGCCUCAAACCCUCCUCGGAAAGCUCGACCUCGCCUUCGUUGAUGGGCCUUGUUUGGCCCGAGGCAAAUCUGAUGUUGAAGCCUUCUUUGAUCCUCCCUACUAUGAAUGGUUCCAUUCUAACCAGGAUUUUACAGAGUACUACAAUUUCGAAGAAUGUCUUGCUUAUCUAGAAGAUUAUAUGAUUAAGCAUGGACCUUUUGAUGGUCUGCUUGGUUUUUCCCAGGGAGCACUUUUAUCAGCAGCAUUGCCGGGGAUGCAAUUGGAGGGAGUGGCUCUAACCAAGGUUCCAAUGAUAAAGUUUCUGAUAAUAAUAUCAGGGGCUAAGUUUGGUGGACACAAGUUUGGUUUGCCCAAACUGGCUGCUAAUGCAUUUUCCUCCCCCAUCAAAUUACCAUCCCUCCACAUUAUAGGUGAGACUGACUUCUUGAAGGAACAUGGGAUCGCAUUAUUGGAAUCAUUUCAGGACCCCAUUGUAAUUUACCACGCCAAGGGGCACACAGUACCAAGACUUGAUGAGAAAGGCGUGGGUACAGUGCUUGGCUUCAUUGAGAAGAUUUGGCAGAUGCAAUUGCAGGAAGAAAUAGAACAAUAAUAUUGUGCUUAGAUGUGAAUGUUGCCAAUUUGUUCUCUUGAAAUAUUAUGAGACAUUAAUAAUAUAUAACUUAUUAACUUUGUUGUGAUGUUAGAAAUCAAUCAUUAACUUUGUAAGUUAUCUGAAAAUAGAUGUGUAGGAUUAGGGUUUCCCCUAAGUCUGAGAUAUGUUGAAUAGAAUAGAAAGCUCAUUUAUUUGUA